ACUCCGUACCAUGUGAACCUGCUGCUGGCGGGCUACGAUGACUCGGAUGGACCAGGUCUCUUCUACAUGGACUACCUGUCCUCUCUGGCCAAAGCCCCCUUCGCUGCCCACGGUUAUGGAGCCUUCCUCACCCUGUCCAUCCUGGACCGGUACUACAGACCGGCUGAACAAACGCUUCAUCCUGAACCUUCCCUCCUUUAACGUGCGUUUGAUUGACAAGGACGGCAUCCAUGACCUGGAGAAGCUGAGCGUGAGCUCCAAGUGAGGCCGUGUCACCAGCAGAUCUGUGUUUUUGUACUGUCCUGUGUUCCAAUAAAACCCUCAGCUCCUCCUC